AUGAAUGCAUUGGAAUACACAGGCCCGUCUCCAGCACAAGAGGACUGUGGCAUCGAUAAGGAUGUGGUCACCAAGAUCUUGGCAGGCCUCUUCUUCCUGCUCUGCGUCCCGGCUCUGGUGCUGAACGUCACGGUGCUGUGGAUCCUGCUGCGGCUCAGAACCGAGUCCACCUUCAUGGUGUACCUGCAGAACCUGGUGGCGGCCGACCUGCUCAUGACGCUGGUUCUGCCGGUGCGGACGGCCAGCGACCUCCCCGGUGCCCCUCUGGGCCUGCGGGCGUUCACCUGUCGCUACGGCAGCGUCCUCUUCUACUACUGCAUGUACAUCAGCAUCGUGCUGAUGGGGCUCAUCAGCCUGGACCGCUUCUUCAAGGUGGUCCGGCCCGAGGUGUGCGGCAGCCGGCUGCACCAGAGCCUGCUCUUCGGCCGGGUCGUCUCCGCCGCCACCUGGGUGGUGCUGCUGGCCACGGCCGUCCUGCCCACGAUAGCGCUGACCAGCCGGGAGCCCUCGGACACGUCCCUGGAGUUCUGCAUGGAGAUGAAGACCCAAGCGGGAAGAGACUUUCACCAGGCUCUAAACUUGGCGGUGAACUGUCUGUUUUGGAUCGUGCUGGUUGUGAUCGGGUUCUGUUAUGUGUGCAUAGGCUGGAAGGUGAUGCGGUCAUACCGCAGGUCUGGGAGCACAAAUCAGGAAAGGAAACGCAAGACCAAAGUGAAGGUGUUUAUCGUGCUCGUGGUCUUCCUGGUCUGUUUCGCGCCGUACCACAUUAUACGGAUCCCUUACACGCUGCUGCAGGUAGAAAAGCACAGCUGCAUCAGGGAAUCGCUGAGGGUGGCCAAGGAGUUCACCCUCUGGCUCUCUGCCACCAACAUCUGCCUGGACCCACUCAUCUAUUUCUUCCUGUGUAGAAGCUUCCGAGAGAAGCUGUCCGACCUCGGAAUACUCAGGAGGUUCUCAAUUAGUCCCUCAGGGUCCGAUGAAGAGUCCAAUGACCAAUGA